AUGAGCGGCUCAUCAGCGAGCAGUCCAACCCUAAAUGUCAAUGAUUCAUUAAUACUUCAUGUUGUUGAUGCCCAAACAAGUGCAGAAAAUGGACGUAAAUUUACCAAAUACAAAGUCUCUGUUAAUUAUACUGGACGAGAAUGGGAAAUCUGGAGACGCUAUAAAGAAUUUAAUACAUUGAAUGAAAAGCUUCGUCGUGCUCGUUCUGACCUGAAAUUACCUGGCCGUCGUCUAAUGGGAGACUCUUUUGAGCCUGAUUUUGUAUUAAAACGGUUACGUGGUCUUAAUGAAUAUGUUCAACGACUUUGUAAAAUUUCUCAACUUGUUAAUUUACCUGAAUUUAUCGAAUUUUUUGGACUCUGUGUAACAUCAUCAAACGGAUCAUCAACAAUAACAGCAGAUGUUCCUACAGCAAUGAAUAGUGAUGAUAAUGCUGCUACAAUGAAUGAUAAUACUGAAGAUCCAUCUGCAUUGUCUGAUACGAAUCGUGUUAAUCUUGGCAGAACAGAAAAAACUUCAGUUAAACCUAGCGAUUUCGAAUUUCGUGCAUGCAUUGGAAAAGGUUCAUUCGGGAAAGUUUACUUAGCACGACACAAAAAUGAAGAUUCAAUUUACGCAGUCAAAGUUGUAAGUAAAGCACUAAUCAAACGAAAACGGGAAGAACGUCAUAUAAUGGCUGAACGUGAUGUACUUGUGAAAAAUACUCGUCACCCAUUUCUUGUUUCCCUUCAAUUUUCAUUUCAAACGCCCGACAAACUAUAUUUUGUUAUGGAUUUUGUUAAUGGCGGUGAAUUAUUUUAUCAUCUACAACAAGAACGAGCAUUUAGUGAAACACGCUCAAGAUUCUAUUCUGCUGAAAUAGCAUCAGCUAUUGGUUAUCUUCAUAAACUUGAUAUUAUCUAUAGAGACUUAAAGCCGGAAAAUAUUUUAUUAGAUCGAGAAGGGCACAUUCGUUUAACUGAUUUUGGUUUAUGUAAAGUAAUGCUAUCAACCGAAGGUCGCGAAGGACGAACAGCAACAUUUUGUGGAACACCAGAAUAUCUUGCACCUGAAGUUUUAAGACGUGAACCUUACACAAAAGCUGUUGAUUGGUGGUGUUUGGGCUCGGUUAUUUAUGAAAUGCUAUGUGCUCGACCACCAUUUUACUCACGUGAUGUAAAUGAAAUGUAUGAUAAUAUAUUAAAUCGUUCUCUUCGUUUUGUUGGAAAUGUAUCUGAUCGUGCUAAACUUCUCAUUGAACAGUUAUUAAAAAAAAGUCCAAAUGAACGUUUAGGUAGUGGAUCUGAAGAUGUAGCUGACAUAAAACGUCAACCAUUCUUUGAGCAAAUCGAUUGGGAAAAAUUAGAAGCAAAAAAAAUUGCACCGCCAUGGAAACCGCCUGUCACAAGUUCAACUGAUCUAAAUCAAAUUCCAAAAGAAUUUAUUGAUGCUGGAGUAUCUCCAGGUGUAAAUGAUCAAUAUAUUGGCAGUGUUACACACAAAGGCUCAUCAUUUCCUGGCUUUACAUAUGUUCAUGAUGCAGAUCUCAAUAGUUGA